AUGAUGCGCGACGGAGUGGCCGAUCUGGACGAAGAAGCACUCAAACUUGAAACGAAGCUGGUGAUGUUGCCAAACAUCUUCUUGGACUUGAUCUUGCUCUUCUUGGUUUCCGAGGAGGGCGUUGUGGCCACCGAGACGGGCUUGCGCGCGGACGAGAUCGACGACGACGCAGACCUGUUGGACGGAGGCCCCAGUUUGUCGGGUCGGAGAUCUGACCCGUUCAUGAGGUUGGCAGAGCCGUUCGACGUUCGGCCACCAAGUGCCAGAUUCGACCCGUUUGAAGAUCUGGGUAUGUGUUCGGGCUCGGACCUGGUGUUUCUGGACGGCGAGUCCGGGCCGUCCUGUGACACUGUUGUCCUUGAUCGAUUCGAAGUCGAUGGUGAUGCCGAAUGGGGUUCCCAGUUCGUCGUUUCUGGCGUAUCUCUUACCAAUCGAAGCCGACGAGUCGUCCACCUUGAACGGAAUCUGCUUCGACUUGAGCUUGUCCUUAACAACUUGCAACACAGGCUGCAAAGUCUCGUGGUUGGACAAUGGCACCAGCAACACCUUGGUUGGAGCCACCAAUGGUGGCAGAGAAAGAACGCAUCUGGCAGAGUCCUCUGGUCUCGACCAGAACGAGUGCUCAAAUAUAGAGUAGAGAAUACGGCCAAUACCGAACGAUGGCUCAAUCACAGACGGAAUGUACUCUCUGACGUGCUCUGUCUUGGUGACCUUUUCGAUCUUGAGCAGCUCGGCUGGGAUCUCAACUUCUGGAAUAGUGGUCUCUGGGAUCUGGACGGUGAUCUUGAGCUUCUCGUCAAGCUCCUUGGCCAGGUCCUCGAGCUCGCACUCGGUUCUGGAGAAAAGCCAUUGCUCCACCUUUGGAGCGUCUUUUCUGAACUUUGGACCAAACCGUUUCUUGUCGAUCUGGCACUCGAGUCUCUCAACCACCUUUGGCUCGGGCAAAGUCUCUCUGACACACAGCUUCUCCUUGGUUCUAGCAGAGUGCACAGUCAGGUCGUAGGCCGAUCUGUCGGCACAACCAACACACUCGAUCCAUCCAUACGAGGUUUGCAGCUCUGCGUCCCAACAGUCCUGGGCAUAAUGGGCCAUCUCGUUCGACAUGUGCUGUCUGAAUCUGAGUCUGUCAGGGUUGACACCGAUCUUGAUCAAGAACAAGUAGAUUCUGGCCAAAAAGUAUCCCAAGGUCUCGUUGUCCACCAUUCCGGAACGCACAGCCUCGCCAACGGUGAUUUUGGAGGUCUCUGUAGAACCCUUCUCCUGGACCUCUUUUGGCCAGAAAGUGAGCUUGAUGUUCUCGACGGACUUGAACCCGGCGUGGCUCUUGUCGAGCGGAUCCACAAAGUGCUCGAUCUCGGCCAUCAGGAACUCUCUCACACGCAAAAGUCCCGAUCUUGGCGAAAUCUCGUUUCUGAACGACUUUCCAAUGGAGGCAGAAGCAAACGGCAUCUUCUCGUUGUUGGAGUCCAGCAACUUGGAAAAGUUCAAAAACUGGCCCUGGGCGGUCUCUGGACGCAGGUAACCCUUCAGUUGGCCAGAUGGACCGAUGGCGGUCUCAAACAUCAAGUUGAACGCCAUUGGCUUCUCCAAUGGCUCGCCGGUAGCAGGGUUGCCAAUGUUGUACUUGACCAUGAUGUCACCGAGUUCCGGGCCAGAAUAACCAUCGAUCUUGGCCAGAAUCGUCUCGUACUCCUCCACAACAGAGUCCUCGAGCUUGACCGCCUUGAUCUCCUUGACCUUCUUCUUUCUCUUCUUUUUCUGGUCGUCCUCCUCAACUUCCUCGACCUUCUCACCACGGGCCUCCUUAUCUCCCUUGAGUCUGGCCUCCAGCACCUCCUCGACCAAAUGGUCCGCUCUGAAGAUCUCGCCUGUUUUCAGGUCUCUGCACAUCCAGUCAGCAAACUUGUCCACAUGACCAGAGGUCUUGAGCACCUCGUGCGGCGUCAGCAUCGUGCAGUCCACCUCCAGCAUGUCCUCCUCCAAAAUGAAGUGCUUUCUCCAAACAUCAACAAUGUUGGCCUGCAAUGCACAUCCCGGUGGACCAUAGUCGUAAAGUCCAGAAACACCUCCGUAAAUCUCAAAAGCAGGGGCGUAGAAAAAUCUGCGCUUCAAAACAGAUUCCAACUGCUCUCUAUUAAACUCGCCGCUCAUUUUCAAAACUUGCAGUCCUUUGCGUGGUCGUACUACUUUUUUCGAAUAGUCAGCUCCGUCUUGGGAGCCAGAAACAGUGCCAAGUACGAGUUUUCCACCUCCAAGAUGCUCAGAUCUCGCAGAACCGAGUUCUUGAUCCGCGGCGUGUCGAUCACACCACUCGUCUGCAGUCGGAUACUCCUCGUGUCUAUCUUCGUGGACAUUGCGUCCAAAUCCUCCGUUAAUAAGCGCUCUCUUGACCCAUGGGUUAAUGAUUCCCGAGAAGUGGAUCUCGUAAGACUGGCCCGAAUAGAUAUCGAUCGUCUUUUUCAGAUCGAUCAAGGCCUGCACUCCCGUCGCGUCCACAGACGUCACCUGCGUGAAAUCGAAGUGGAGCAGCUUCAAAAGCGGUCUGGUCUCUGGAACGUGUUCUUUGGUGGUCUUUCUCACCUUGUUGAGCCAAUUGAUCUUCAAUGGUCCUGGGUUGUUGAACGUCUUUUCUGUCUUGACGAGAGCCGGUCUCGUCACACGCUUCACCUCGUCCAGCACCAGGUCGAUCUGUCUCGACGAGUUCGUGUACACAAACGACUCAGCAGGACGGAAAACAAUCACUCCUGGUGGAGGCGGAGCAACAUACACCUUUUCAUUGACAAACUCGGUGUGCACACGCGAGCUGCCGUAUGGGUUGUUGUGCUGCAAUGGAACCCAUCUGUAGUGUGUUCUGUAAACGGGUCUGGUGACAAUUCUCUCGGCAGCCUUCUUGUUGGAAACGUCGUAGGAGCCGUCUUCAGGGUUGGUGAGCACAGGGUCCACCACCUCGACAACACGCACUCUUCCCAAGAACGUUCCGUUUGGCUUACACAGCUUCCACAGCAGGGAAGCGGCAGAGGCACAGGCAACAAAGUAGAUUCCGUCCUCGAUCGACGCAAACACAGUGAUGAUGACACCGAUGAUGAAGAUGGCAAAGUCCAGAGGUUGCACUUUCCACAGGUUCCAGGUGAUCUUGUAAGAGGCAAGCAAGUCGCCAACAGCGUGCAUAAUAAUGGCCGACAGAGCGGCUUUAGGAAUGUAGUAGAAAGCAUCGGUGAAACAGUAAAUGGAGAGCAACACACAAGCUCCGGUGAAAAUACCAGCAAACGGAGUCUUGACACCACACUUGGCCUUCAAAGCAGUUCUACUGAAAGAUCCGGUGGCUGGGUAGGCGUUGAAGAACGUUCCAAUAAGGUUGGUGACACCAAUGGCAAUCAGCUCUUGGUUAGGGUUAAUCUUGUAGUCGUUGAUUCUUCCAAAAGACUUGGAGAUAGAGAUGUGUUCCAACACCAGAAUGAUGGUUGCAGCCGGAAGGUCGGAAGCGAUGUCGCUGGCCAAACGGGGUGGAGUGCUCAUGACACCAACGUGUUUCAGUCCAGAAGGAACAUUUCCGUUGACACUGAAGGCGUGCUUGGUCUUGUGGUGUCUAAUGAUGAGGUAACUGAUCAAGGUACUGAAGAUGAUGACGAUGGCGGUUCUCAGCUGUUCCAGGUAGAAGAAGAUCUUCUGUCUUGGAUAACGUCUGUACAGACGCGAAGUGGUGAACUUCCAGGCCUUAUUGUAACCCAUCAAGGAUGGGACCUGUCCAACAAAGAUGUUGAAAGCGGAACCGGACAUGAAGGCAAGCACGGCCGGCAAGGAAAGAAGCUCGACGAUGAAUCCGAGUCUCAAAAGACCGAUACCGAGGGUAAUAGAACCACACAACAGUGCCACCAUGGUGGCGAUCUCUGGGGCAGAGUACUCAUCUCCGUGCUUGUCUUGCACACGAGCAAUAAGUCUUCCGACUUCCAAACUCAUAACAGCAACCGGUCCGAUAGAAACGUCCUUGGACGUGGCAAAGAGGGCGUAGAAUAA